UCAUAAAUAGCAGAUUCCGGGAAAAUUACCACUUUCUUUUUCUGGAAAACUUGUGCUACUAACUUCAUCUGAUGCCCUAGUUUCUUUGGCUUAAUUAAAGCCAGAAAACGUGUCCCUCUUCCCUUCCUAAUAUCAAAAGAAGCAGAACAAAGAUCAUCAACUUACACCCACUCCAUCAUCUUCUUUCUCAGACAAAAAAGGAAGGAAGAAAAAACAUAGAAGAGAUAGCUACAAAUUCGUAGAUAUGUGCAAUUCAGAUGGUGAUUGCAGGCCCUUGGGUUUUCUCUUGGGUCUUCCCUUCGCUUUUCUCUCCCUCCUCCUCUCUAUCGUUGGCCUUAUUGUCUGGAUCGUUGGGUUGUUGCUGACAUGCAUAUGCCCCUGCUGCUUGUGCGUGACGGUAAUAGUGGAACUUGCGUUGGAAUUGAUCAAGGCUCCACUGCACGUUAUGGAGUGGUUCACCUCUCAGAUACCCUGUUGACCUGCUUUUACCAAUUGUAUCAUAAAGUUUUAGACUUGUGUUUGGUUCAUGCUGCUUCCCUUAAUUUUUAUCUUCUUUUUAGUAUUUUGCCUUUGAGAGUGUGAAUUUCAAGUUAUUGAUUUAUGGUUGAUCUAUAUGUUUUAUGGUUUCUCUGGAA